GAAUUCAAAGACUCGAGCAGCACACACCUAAAAGACGACCAGACAUAACAUAAAAAAGGAAAUAAUGAUGAUCACCAGAGAACAACAGCAAGUUUACAAGCACAUGGUUUUCUACAGCCUCAUGUUCUUUAUCGUAGUAGUGGUGCUUUCUGUCAUCUAUAGUGCAAACAUCAGCUCCAUACAGGACUUGGAGAGAAUUGAAAGACAAACGCACAUGAAGAUCUUGGCUGAAGUCGACCUGCAGAAUAAGGGCUUCCUUCAUAACUUCUGGGGGAAUAGCAUGCAACCUGUGCUAUCUACCACAGAAAAUCCGGUCAUCAACCAGGACCAAAGACCCACAACCUGGGACAUAUGCAGCUCCAACUGCAGCCCCAACCAUAACUUCUCUUCCUUAGAGUGGUUCAAGCACCUUGAAUUCAGUUUCAAGCAAUUUUUGCUCUAUAGGCAUUGUCGAUACUUUCCUAUCCUGAUGAAUCAUCCAGAGAAAUGUGCUGAGGACGUCGACUUGUUGAUGGUCAUUAAGUCAGUGAUAACACAAUAUGAUCGGAGAGAGGUCAUAAGACAAACGUGGGGCAAAGAGCAGGUGAUUGAAGGCAAAAUAAUCAAGACUCUUUUUCUUCUUGGGACGUCUUGCAAUGAAGAAGAGAGGGCCAACCAUCAAAAACUUCUAGAAUAUGAGGAUCACAUUUAUGGGGACAUCAUUCAAUGGGACUUCAUGGAUAGCUUCUUCAAUCUCACCCUAAAGGAGAUCCACUUCUUGAAGUGGUUCUCCACCUACUGCGGAAACACCCGCUACAUCUUCAAAGGGGAUGAUGACGUGUUUGUCAAUGUUCCCAACAUCUUGGAAUAUCUGAGGGCGAACGUAGACUUGAAAGGCCUCUUUGUCGGUCAUGUUUUCUUCAAAGCCAAGCCCAUUCGCAAAAAAGAGAACAAGUACUACAUCCCUCAAGCAUUGUAUAAGAAGACCCACUACCCACCGUAUGCUGGUGGAGGAGGAUUUCUGAUGGAUGGACCUCUUGCGCGUAAACUCUAUGGAGCGUGUGAAACUCUAGAGCUCUAUCCCAUUGAUGAUGUGUUUCUCGGCAUGUGUCUAGAAGUGCUUCAAGUGACCCCCAUUAAACACAAUGCUUUCAAAACGUUCGGGCUUGUUAUAAAUAAAUCCAGCAAAUUGAAUCGCGAGCCGUGCUUUUUUAAGGCCAUGAUAGUGGUACAUAAAUUGCUCCCACCAGAUUUGAUAAACAUGUGGAAACUGGUCAACAGUGAUUUAGUUUGUUCACAGAAAAUGGACAUAGAACAGUUAAUUUUGAGGGACAAAAAACGAUGAAGAAGAAUGCAAAAAAAAAUUACUGAAUCUAAUUUAUGUAAAGAAACAAGAAGCUGGGUGCCGAGAUCUCUGAACCCACUUCCUAUAAAGCAGAGUCCCCCACAGAGUUUGCAUUUCAUCUUAAGACAUCCCCACCUUCACCUCCUGUUCCCUUUCUCCCUCAUCUCUCACUUUCAACUCAAAAGCACUCUAAAACUCACACAUAAACUGUGCGUAGAAAAAGACGUUUUACCUAUGGAUGAAACAUCAAAAAGUCAAGCUUACUAUGGGGAGCUGUAUCAAACACUAUUGCAAUAAACCUCUUAAUAUAACAUUUGCAGGGGACCACGUAAAGUCACAAGGUGGAGGUUACCAUACACUAUUGUCUCAAUUAGUUGGCAUCCAUUAAAUAAUUGUAAAUUACACUCUAUUAUUUACCUGGCUGUGUCUUAACAGAAUUGAGUUUAAUUUUAUAGGCUCUGAAUGAGCCAAGUGGAAUUGAUGGAUGACAAGCGUGGACUUCAAGGAUGUGGCUAAAAAGCGGAAUGGAGCUUAAUUUAUAAUUCCCCAAGUGAACAACGUAUCUGCUAGAGUCUUAAAAAAGUGGGUACCCAUACAAUGGUUCAGACACCCAUGACCCAUUUAUAUGCAAACAAUUGUAAAACGCUAUAUGUCAUGACCGAUAGAAUAUUUUGGUGAAGGAGGGGCACUGGUUUUCAAUUCCGUGUUAACAGAUCGGGUGGUUUAGUAAAUAUGAAUUUUGAAAUAAUAAUUUUGUUCACCAGCUGUAAGUCUGAUGGUAAAAUGAUUUUAUGUAUGUAAAUGUACUAUUUCAAUGAUUACUACUAUACAAUGAUUUUUAUUCAUUGAAUUGUCCAAUGCAUAACAAUGACAGUAAAAUAGGGAUUUUAGAUAUGUGAGUGGCACAUUGAGUUGUUCAUCUUUUAUUUGGCCAUUUUAUUGGCCAUUGGGUGGGUUUUGUUUAAAAAUACUCUGUCGACCCUGGUAACCAAGGUUCUUCAAAAUAAUAAAAGGUUUAUAUCUGAAGAAAGCUGGUGAUGAGAAGGAGAAUAAGAGAGACAAGCAGGCAUUUACUGAUUGACAUUAAUUCAUUUGUAUUAGUUGCAUCUUACGAUUCAUUUUACUCUAAUACAGUGUCUUUUUCCACAAAGCCAUUGUACCAGUAGCUUAUAAUGGUUGUGGAGACAUCGAUAUAUAUCACAUUUCAUCACUGACCCUGGAAGCAAUAGCACCUCGACAAACAGAUUGUAAAAAUGAAACUGUAAAACCCCAGUCCGACCCUAAAUGCAGGUUUAUAAUUUCAGGCUAGAAAUUAAGCAACAACAAAACAAAAAUCUUUCACCCAGACAAUGCUUUGAACAACAUUGCAUGAUGCUCAAGUCAACACCAUACAUUUAGCAGUCAGGUGUGUGUAAUCUUUUGGACUGGGUGGCCAGCUUGAUUUGGUAAACUUUUAAAUAACUGAUUUUAUCAUUUAGUAAUAGUCUCCUAACGCUACGAAAUAUAUGUUUGCUAUACACACAAAAUAAUAGUAAUUGACUCCAAAAUAGCAUUUCAGGAGGUUUACACCCACCUGACUUUAAAUGUAUUGUGUGGACUUCUUGAGCAUUAGAGAAUGUUUGUAUCUUUUGUAAUAGUUGAUGAGUGUAUGAGUCUGUUAAUUGUAAGCGCUCCCAGCACGUGGUCUGAAAGAGUUGUCCCCAUUUUCCUAAUGAGUAUGGGUGUGUUUUGGGCAAACGUGCAGUAAACCAAUCAGAGAAUCAUCCCCCAUUCCCUUUAGGAGACAGUUGCACUCGCACCAUGGCGGAUUCGUUAUUUACAUGACGGAAUUUGCAAGAGCAAAGGCCGGACGCUUCUCGAGAGAGGAAACGCAACUGAUCAUACACCAGGUUAAAGUGCACAAGCAGACCAUCUACAGGACAUUUAGUUUUAUCUUUAUACCCAAUAAUUAUGUGUUCCGUUUCCUCGCUAGAGAAGCAUUCGGUAUUUGCUUUUGCAUUUUUUUACAGUGU